GAUACGCGCUAAGGCAGGGACAAGGGUCAAAGCUCCAAUCAUCAUCAUCGACGUCAUGAUACCUGCCAUUCACCCUCACCAUCAGUCUCCCCUUUUCCAUUUCCUUUAACCUGUAGCUUGACGUUUGCCGCUCACAGGACACUUCAGAAGACCUCCUUCUAUCACUCGUCUCCAAUUCGUUUGUCUGGCGUCAACCCCCCACCAUUGCAUUCAGACUUGCCCAUAAGCGACUGCUGGCACUGCGCCCAAGCCUCUUGACGAUCGAAUCGAAUCGACUCGGCAUAUCCACUGUACCAAGCAUGGCACGAGCUACAAGGAGCUCUGCCAGGGCCGACGCCGUGCCUGAGCCAGUACAACUGUCCAGCCCCCCAACUACCCCCGAAACGAGUAACACGCGAAAGAGGAAAGCAGUCAAGAUCGAAGAGUCGCCAGAUGCGACAACCAAGAAAGCUCCCGUUACACCUAAGAGCACAAAACGUGCCAAGAAGUCAGCAGUAAAACAAGAAGACAUCAACGAACUCCCACACAACCUCGGUGCUAUUCCGGAUCUUCCCGUUAAAGACGAGGAAGCCGAGAGUAAAGCUUCAGCAAAGAAGCCGAGGAAGUCCGCAACGCCUAAGAAGUCUGCAAAAGCCACCAAGCCAAAGAAGGAGGAAGUCGACGACCUCGUUGCCAAAGCGACCACCACCACGGACGCGUCAUCCAAGAAGAGUAAAGCCAAGACAGGUGGUUAUGGCCUUACUCCUGGUCAUACGCCAUACCCGAACUACCCCCACCCUACGGCCGAAGAAUGCGAAGAGGUGACCCGUUUACUCUCCAAAGUUCACGGUAAGGUCGAAGCACCCAAGACCAUUCCCGCGCCAUCUCUCGAGGUUUCAGGUUGUGGAGAAGUACCAUCAGUCCUUGAUGCCCUCAUCCGAACACGGCUUUCGGCCGCAACAUCCGGCACGAACUCGUCCCGCGCAUUCGCCGGCCUUGUCGCCAAGUUCGGCGUCCUGAAAGAAGGCAUUGGUAAAGGAAGCGUAGACUGGAACAAAGUGCGACAAGCAGACCAAAAGGAAAUCUUCGAAGCAAUUAAGAGCGGUGGUCUCGCAGAUGUAAAAAGCAAGGACAUCAAGAAGAUUCUACAAAUGGUCUGGGAAGAGAACCAAGCACGACGUGACGAGCUCCUGGCUUCAUCAGACAAGGCACCGGGUGAAACCAACGAAGCGGAAGCAGAAAAGCGUGACGAGGUUGAGAAGGCGGACCAGAACAUUGUCUCGCUAGACCAUCUUCACCAACUUUCCAACGACGACGCUUUCAACGCGCUGACCAAAUACCCUGGUAUUGGUCCAAAAACCGCGUCCUGCGUGCUUCUCUUUUGCCUCCAACGACCCUCCUUCGCAGUCGACACCCACGUCUUCCGCCUGUGUUCAUGGCUAGGCUGGGUACCGCCCCCAGGCGAUGACAGAGGCCUUCCGCCCGGCAAAAAAGGCACCUUCGCUGGCCCAACACGCAACUCCACGUAUGCACAUUGCGAAGUUAGGGUUCCGGAUCACCUCAAGUACCCGCUUCAUCAACUGCUUAUUAAGCACGGGAAGAGCUGUCCUAGGUGUCGUGCUAUAACAGGUGAAAGCAGCGAGGGAUGGGAUGAGGGAUGUCCAAUUGAUCAUCUGGUUCAGAGGACUGGGGGGAGGAAGGGAGCUGGAGAUAGUCCUGUCAAGGGCGGUAGCGCAAAGAAGGCUAAGGGUAGGAAGAAGGUUGUGGAGGAUAUUGAAAGUGAUGCGGUGAGUAGUGGUUUGAGCGACGCGGAGAGCGAGGUGUUGAGUGAUGUUGUGAGUGAUGCGGAAGUGGAGGUGUCAGAUGAGGAAGAAUCAGCGUCUGAGUGAAGGAGAUGUGGGACCUUUCGGUUUUAUUGGCGCAUUGUAUAUUUCAGAUUUAAUACGGUGAGACUCAGGGGGUGGCAGACCAGGAAUUUCCCUUACAUGUAUACUAUUCCUCUUAUGUAUAUUCCUCGUAUCUAGCAAAACACGUUACAUACCCAGA